UCGGGCUUGGCCCCCAGUUCGUCCGUGUCAGUUGAUUCCAUUUGACGCAGUGUCCAAAACCUCCAAACGCAUCGAUCGUUAAUUGCAGCAUUUCGCUUGCCGAUCGCCAGCUCGCGAGUGAGAUAGAUAGCUAUAUAGCGAGUGUGUGAGCAAUAGAGAGAGAGAGAGAGAGAGCUGACGCAUGCGCAUGCGCAUUCAGCUUGUUUUUGCCUAGUUAGUUGGGCCCUAUCAGCGAGUGCGUAAGUGGACCGCGCUCGGUGGCUCGUUCGCCCCGCUCGGUGGCUCGCUCGUUGGCUGGAUCGUCGACUGGCAUUUGAUGGCCUAUUGAAAACGAAGCGACAGUCAAAAGCGCGCGCACCUCUCGAUACAAACGACACAAGCGAGCAGCCAGCGACCAGCCAGCGCCCAGCGAAAAAUGUACGCAAAGCCCCAAAGCGGAAAGAGCCGUCGCUACCGUCGCUAGCAAUCAUCGCACUCGUCGCGUCAAGUGGACCGCGAUAUGAAUUGAGUUGAGCCCCAAAUUGCGCUAAAUGGGAUUGCCAUAAAUGAAUUAGUAUAUGAAUUGGAUUCAAUAAUAAAUCAGGCCGCGCCGUGACACGACAACUAUCGUGACAAAGUCAUUUGGCCACCUCCCUCCAUUCUCUUCGCUCUCCCUUUCGCUCUGUCUCUCUCACUCUCACUCUCCAACACGCUCUGUGCUGUCGCUGCUAUUAAAUAGUUAUUAUAUUUGUACACAAAUUAAAAAGCGAUCGCGCAUUAAAUAUCGAUCCGGUCGCGGUGCAAAAUCGUGCAAAUAAUUGCCGCCGGCUCAAAAGUUAAUUGAAAUCAAUGUGCAAUUGAGAAACCAGCCAAGCCACCCAAACCACCCAAGCAAUCCACCCACCCAGUGCCAAGUGUUGUAUACAAAUACAGAUAUAUUGAUAUAUAAUAUCUACGAAAUUUGUCAAAAGUUUUGUUUUGUUUGUUUGGUUUUGUUUUGUAUUGUUUUGGCUUUUGCUAUUGUUGUUGUCCUUUGCGGAGCGGCACGCCAACGGGCGAGAGCGUCAACAAAUUUUAAUUAUGAGCAAUUAUAAUCCGAAUUGCGGUUACUUUGAGGAUUGCAGCUAUUACACAAACAAUGUAUAUCAACCGGAUUAUUGCAUGCAGCCGGAUUAUGAAUACAACAAGCACGUCUACGACCUCUUCGAUGCCAAGGUGCCGUCGUCGCAGCGCUCCGGCUUUCAUAUAUCCGACAUACUCAAUCUGGAUGGCUCUGAGCUGAAGAGUGCCGCAGCAGCGGCGGCAGCGGCCGCGCACCACAGCACCCACAGCCACAGUCACAGUCAUAGCACCCACAGCGGCGAACUGGGCGCUGAGCCGAGCAAUGGGCAUGGCCAUCCGACGCCCACGGCUCUGUCGCCCACGCCCAACUCAGCGCUGCCACCGGCGCCGCCCAGCAACCCGGAUGAGCAUGUGACGCCCGCAGCGCACGGCGAUCACCAGACCACGGAUCACUCGGCCCAGCACCACCUCCAACAGCAACAGCAGCAGCAGCAGCACCACCAGCACCUCCAGCACCACCAGCAGCAGCAGCAGCUCCACCAUCCGCAUCUGCACCAUCAGCCGCAUCAUCCAGUCGCCCCGCUGCCCUUGUCGCACCACCAGAGCGCGGGCGGCGCCCAGCCGCCCAUGCCCCACAUGGGCGCCCACGCCAACGCCGCCUCCGCCCAGGCCGCUGCCCAUCUGCUGGCCGCCGGCCAGUAUCUGCCAAAGAACUUCGCCAGCAGCUUCGACGAGAUGUCCUCGUACCACCACAUGGCCCAGACAAUGCUCACCCACUCGGGGCGCAGUGCGUGGAUCAAGGAGAACGAGCUAUAUGGUACUCAACAGCCGGCCAGUCCGGAUAGCACCUCACCAGUGACCUCCGAGGUCUCCUACACAUACAUUGGCUCCAAUUGCCAGACCUCGCCCGCCCUCUCUGGCGACUACAAGAGCUACAGUCGCUCGGCGGACAGCGACGCGCUCUCUGUGGGCGAUGCGCUGCAUACGCUGCAUGGCAGCGCUGCAGCCGGUGGCACAUCAGCGGCGCAUGCGUUACACAACAACAACAACAAUAAUAACAAUAAUAAUAACAACAACAACAACAAUGACAAUAGUCUGAAGCACGAUGGAGGCGCCGGCAGCGGCAGCAACCACGACGACAGUCUGAACGAGGACGGCAUCGAGGAGGACAUCGACGAUGUGGACGACGCGGACGGCAGCGGCGGCGGCGGCGUCAAUGCCGACGGCAUGCCGAACAAGAAGCGCAAGCGACGCGUUCUAUUCACCAAGGCGCAGACGUACGAGCUGGAGCGACGAUUCCGGCAGCAGCGCUACCUGAGCGCGCCGGAGCGCGAGCACCUGGCCAGCUUGAUACGGCUGACGCCGACGCAGGUGAAGAUCUGGUUCCAGAACCAUCGCUACAAGACCAAGCGGGCGCAGAACGAGAAGGGCUACGAGCACACGGGCAUGAUACAUGGCAACGCCAUCCAUCCGCAUCAUCCGUCGGCGCUGCCCUCGCCCCGGCGCGUCGCUGUGCCCGUGCUGGUGCGCAACGGCAAGCCCUGCCUGGGCGAUGGCUCCAAGCUGGCCCAGGACUGUGUCAGCACGGCGACGGCCAUGCAGAAUGCCGCCGCCCAUCACCUGGUGGCGCUGAACGGCGCCGCUGCCUAUCAGCAUGCGGCUGCUGCCGCCGCUGCCGGCCUACACGCCCACGCCCACGCGCACGCCCAUCCCCACGCGCAGCGAACCGCCUGGUGGUCCUAAUAUUGCUAGCUGCCUGGGUUCGAGUAGGUGGCCGACCUGGAUGGCAGCGCCCAACUGACUCUGCCGACUCGAAUACUGGACAAUAAGCGCGAGCUGAGCUGCGUCGAUCGGGCAUUCGAACGAACAAAGAGACAAAAAACAACAACAACAACAAAAACAAACGGAAAUUUGGUGCAAUAAUAAAUAAAGAGCCGCGAGUGGUUGCCGUUGCCCAUCGGCCAUCAGCGAACCACCCAGACUAGUCUUGGCCAGUGCUCUACGCCAAGCCACGAUUGUUGCUGCAGUGUUGCCAGUGACAACAACAACAACAACAACAACAGCAACAACAAACGCAACAGCAACAACAGAUAUCAUUCGUGUAAUAAACAAGAAGAAGAAGAGAAACAUUUUUUUCCCUCAGCUCUAAAGCUGUGGGCCAUUUAGUCGUAGUCAUUUUUUUUUUACACAAUUUUUUUUUUUUUUUUUGCACAAGAGUCGUUAAUAUGAAUAGAAAGAAAAAAGAAAAAAAACAAAAAACAAAGAAACGUUAGUUAAAGUAAGCAAUUUUUUUCGCCUAGCAUUAGUUAAAUGUAAUAAAUAAUUUUAUUCAAAUAGAAAAUAUGCGCAAAAU